AUGUGUUGGGUCACCCUCACCCCGUCCAGAGGCAAGAAGAAAGGCUACCAGUCUACCUCGGAUUCCUCUUGUGUGGAGGACAUCGUUCGCGUACAUCGUAACCCGGCGUCUCCACGCUUGACCAACGUGCGUAUCAAGGCACCUAGUGUGGACGUCGAGGUAGACGAGAAACUCACUCACGCACAUGCCUAUCCUCACUUGCAGCAUCACCACCGACACCCGCAUCUCCAUCCACUACACAUGCACCCUAUACACGGCGAGCACCAUCUUGGCGUCAGCCUAGGUCUCGGCCACCAGCACUACCGUGGCAGCCUCGACAUGUCUGAGACCUGGGACCCCAAGCUACGAGGCCACGGUCGAAAACGAUCAAUCCCGUCACCAUGUCCCCCUCCACCACCUUCAACAUGUCCUCCACCAGAACCCGAACCAGCACCAGCACCAUCACACCCUCCACCACCCUCUUGCUCCCCUUCUUCCUCACCACCUCCUUCAACAUCCCCGGCAGAUACCUCCCCCCUCAUCCCCCCAACCAUCCCCCGCGACCCAAUCUACCACACCCAAAUUAUCCAACCCACCUCCCCCCGCACCCGCAACCCCGGCCCCAGCACCGUCCGCGAAACAACCCGCAUAGCCCUACGCACCAGCACCAGCAACCAGCCGCAGCAACAGCAGCGACACCCCAGAAAUAAUCUCCGCAGAGUAGCCGGCUACCAGGUGCUGGGCCGCCAGGUCCCUUGGGACUGGGAUUGCAUCAGUAGCACCGCUGGCAGCAGUAAUGCGGGGGCAAAGGGUAAGUGGGUAAGGCGGAAGAGUGGGGGAGCGGGACUCGUCUAUCCGCCGUUUGGGGACGCGGAGAAGUGGAUGUGA